UGAACAAUCUUGUUAGAGUAUAUAAUGUGAUUAGUCGCACUGCUAAAUUACCAUUACCGAUUCUGCAAUCGUCAAAUAAGAAUUUCAUUUGUUUGAAUUUGCGAAUUAGUUUUAGAAUUAAUUUCGAUAAAAGUGAUAAAAACUUGUGUGUAAACAGUUAGUGCAAUGUUUGUUUUGUCAUCGUUUUUGAACACUUACAAUGCAACUAUUAAACAGGCUUUGCUUGCAGUAUGCGUAUCCAUGUCAUACUUUUGCAUCGGACUCGUUCGAGGGUACUCAGCACCAGCGAUUCCCAGUAUAAAGGAAAUCGACUCUGAUUUACUUCCGACAAAGGAUAUUGCUUCGUGGGCAAGUUCGAUUCCUCCAGCCGGAGCAUUUGUAGGUAGCCUUGUAGCUGGUCCAUUGAUGCACUUUAUUGGCCGAAAGUACACAAUUCUAACAGCUGCUCCGAUAUGGGUUCUAUCCUGGAUUGUGAUUGCCAAUGCUACAUAUUGGCCAGUUUUCUUAGCUGGUAGAGUGCUAUCGGGUUUCUGUGUUGGACUGACAUUACCGUCAGCGCAGAUCUAUGUAACUGAAUGCACUGACCCGAAAAUCAGAGGAAUUAUCGGCUCUUUUCCGUCGAUCUCAAUGUCCGGCGGUAUCUUAACUUCUUACAUUCUCGGUUCGUUUCUGUCGUGGUACAAUUUAGCGUGGACAAGUUGUGGUGUUGCAGUGUCUCUGACGCUAAUUAUGAUAACGAUGCCCAGAUCACCGGUGUGGUUGCGUAGUAAAAAUUUAAACGAAGAAGCAGAAAAAUCUAGUCGCUGGUUGGGACUGGAAAGUAUUCCGAAAAUGGAUAAAACACUCCCGGAGAACGGAGGACGAAGUUUUCCUCAAAAACAUGCGCCCAACGAAAACCACCAUUCCUCGAAGACGCUAAUGAGUCGACCUAUCCUCAUGCCUUUGGCAAUCGGGUUAACUUUGCUAGCCAUCCAACAACUCAGUGGAAUCGAUUCGAUAAUAUUUUUUACCGUCGAAAUAUUCCGCUCUUCAGGAAGUUCAAUCGAUGGCCACUUGGCUACAAUACUCGUGGGAACAGUACAAUUAGUCAGUAACAUUACUUCCCUGCUAUUUGUCGAUAAAUCUGGCAGAAAACCGCUGCUAAUUGCGUCUGGACUCAUCAUGUGCGUUUCGAAUGCCGCAAUGGGAGUUGCUUUCUAUUUGAACGCACAGGGAAAUGAAUCGUUUGGCUACCUUCCCCUAGUUAGCCUAAUUGUAUUUAUGGUUGGAUUUUCCAUUGGAUUCGGUUGCAUUCCGUUUCUACUGAUGGGAGAAAUAUUCCCUGCAGCUCAACGAAGUUUGCUGAGUUCAAUCGCUGGAUCGAUGAACUUGGGUAUCAUGUUUCUGGUGAUCAAAACGUAUCAUCCGUUGGAAGAGGUAAUAACAACCGCAGGAACAUUUUGGAUGUAUUCCUUACUGUGCAUCCUCGGCGUAGGCUUUGUCAUUGGCUAUGUACCAGAAACGAAGGGAAGGGACAUGGAUAACAUAGCUAAGUUAUUCCUUAAAGGGAAUGGCAAGAAAUUCGUUAAUACGAACGGUGCAGAUGCUGGUUAUAAUUCGAACCGGAAAAGCGAAGAUAUUUGUACAGGUCAGGUAGAGAUAACUAGAUUAUAAGAACAAGUAGAAGAACGAUAAGUCCAAUAAACAAACGACAGGGAACCACUUCACCAACGAUGAAUCCAUAAACUAAACGAUCUCUCUAAUCGAAAAUUGUAGAUCUCACUGCGGGGAACAGAAACACAGUCAUUAAAGUGAAGCCAUUAGGCUAAGCUCGUCACUGCAAUUCAAUAAACGGUGCUAGCUCAAUCUAUAUAUCAAGCCGGUUGUUAAACCAAUUUUUCCUAGCCGUUGCGUUGGUAGGAGAGGAUUUUGAGGUGAUGCGCACAUAUACUUACAUCAUUCUUCAGAAAUUUUGUGGCCAAGGCUAUACUACAUCUGGGCAAUGAGAGUAAACCAUUAUGGCUCGUAAAUUUUGUGAGUAUGGCGAUUUCGUAGACUUUUGACAUAAAUGGGAGAUCAUGGGAGAAAUAUCAAAAGUUCACAAAAUUGACAUACUUACGAAGAACUUUACGAACCAUAAUGGGUAAGAGCGAACAAAGAUAUCGUCGUCUUUCUC